UCAUCGCUUUAUAGGUCAUUGGAGUGGAGGGUAGGUAAUCCCCAGGCUCAAGUACAGAGAGGCGGUUCUGUCCGGAGGUGGAGUCAUCUUUUUCAUUUAAAUCUGUGGCUAUAAAAUGGGGAAAAAGAGAAGAGGGAUCUCAGAAGAGCCUGGGAGCCCCUGAGGUGGUGGUGGUCCUUGGAGCAGCUGCAGCCACUUGGGGGUGGUUGUCACCAUGCUGCACAGCCCUGGUGCCCAGCACACCUGCAAACUUCUCAAACAGGUGGCUGCCUGCUGCCUGCUGCUGCCUCGCUUCCUGCUCACAGCCCUCAUGCUGUGGCUUCUGGAUUUCCAAUGCAUCAGAAGGAGGGUCUUCAUGACUGUGAAGGAGGAGAACCCUGGGAGAGAUGACCCCCCUCUGUGCGUCUCGGACUCCAACCGCAUGUGCACUGUGGAGUCCCUGAAGGCUGUGUGGCAUGGCCAAAAACUAGACUACUUCAAGUCUGCCCACCUGGGCUGCUCUGCCCCCAACACUGAGGUGGUGAUGCUGGAGGGGCAGAGGCUGAGCAGGAUCCUGGACUUCUCCCAAGGACACAGACCCCUGGUUGUCAAUUUUGGCAGCUGCACCUGACCCCCCUUCAUGGCUCGCCUGCAGGCGUAUCACAGGCUGGCAUCCCAGCACAUUGACAUUGCAGAUUUUCUGCUGGUGUAUAUAGAGGAAGCCCAUCCUUCAGACGGCUGGGUGAGCACUGAUGCCUCCUAUCAGAUCCCAAAGCACCAGAGCCUCCAGGACAGGCUGAGGGCUGCCCAGCUGAUGCUCCAAGGUGUGCCAGGCUGCAGGGUGGUGGUCGACACCAUGACCAAUGCUUCCAAUGCAGCCUAUGGUGCCUAUUUCGAGAGACUCUACAUCAUCCUGGAUGGCAAGGUGGUCUACCAGGGGGCAAGAGGACCAGAGGGCUACAAGAUCUCUGAACUGAGGAACUGGCUGGACCAAUAUCAGAACCACCUGAAGAACAAGGGCACCCUGGUCAUACAGAUCUAAAGUGGCAUCACUAAGUAUUCUCUUCUCUCUCUCUCUCUCUCUCCCAGUACUGUAACACAAGGCAGUAUUAUCACUACCCACCAUGUGUGCCAAGUGUGCCAAGUGUACCAAGUGAACCAAGCUCCAGGAUCUGAGGGGUUAACCCAAGACCACCCAUGGUGAAGCUGCAGAUAUAAGCUACAAUGAGGAUGAUGAUGACUAUGAUGUAUGUUCUUUUUUUUCUAUUGCAGUGUUUCCCAAUCAGGGUGCCUCCAGC